CCUGCCCCUUCACUCCCAAUCAUUCCCCUCGACGGAAGAAUGCAGCUCUACUUUCAUCGUGCGCACGCCAACAGCCGACGGACUUGUCAUCCUCGACAGAUACGUCGGGAGGCGAAGAACAUCACAGAGGUCUUCUCCGACGAGGACAAGGAGAACCUUGACGCAGUCCCUUGGGGGGCGAGACUGCUCCACGCUGGGAUCUAUAGCCAGGAGUACUCUCGCUCCAUUGCGGCCGUUGUGAGCGAGGUGCUCACCGAGUUGACCUGGUCGUCGGCGGAUGUCACCCAUGAGCUGUACAUUGCCUUGAUGAAAGCCCUGAUAACGGCUUUCUUCUUCGGAUUUUAUCAGACCGAGCUGGGA